AUGUCUCAGCAAGAUGGUGGAGGUGGCGGCGGCGGCGGCGAUACGUCUGGCGAUCCCGAGCGCGCGCAGCAGAGUCGCCUUUCCGUCUCUGAGGGACGCUCGUCCAGACGGAUAUCCCGUGUCUCCUACAAGGAAGACUAUGCCAACUUGGAUGAAUACGGAAAACUCGUGAAGUAUGUUUCAACAUAUCGCGAGGGACAAGGAAGCGGAAGCGAAGGCGAGGAGGAGGUGAAACGAGUCUGGUAUGCUCCUUGGAAAAAGCGCAAGGUGCAUGUCAAGCGUGUCGAUCAGGACUCCCAGCAAAUGCCCCCCGAAUGGCUUCUCACCGAUAUUCGUCAAGGUCUCCCUAGUGGCGAAGUCCCUGUUAGACGGCGUCAGUCGGGAUGGAACGAACUGGUGUCGGAGAAGGAGAAUCCCAUUGCUAAGAUUUUGUCCUAUUUCCGAGGCCCCAUUCUUUAUGUGAUGGAGCUGGCUGUCCUCCUUGCUGCUGGAUUGGAUGACUGGAUUGAUUUUGGUGUCAUCAUUGGCAUCCUGUGUCUCAACGCUGCCGUUGGCUGGUAUCAAGAAAAGCAAGCAGCAGAUGUUGUUGCUAGUCUCAAAGGCGACAUUGCAAUGAGAGCAGCCGUGAUCCGUGAUGGCCAAGAACAAGAAAUUUUGGCUCGCGAGCUCGUCCCUGGCGACGUGAUCAUCAUUGGAGAAGGUCAUGUGGUGCCCGCCGAUUCUCGUGUUGUUUGUGAUUUCAAGGACCCCAGCGGAUUUGAGGAUUAUAAAAACAUCCAGGACCAAGGUGAUCUCAGUAGCUCGUCGGAGUCCGACAUGGACGAGGCCGCCGAGGAAGAAGGUGGCGAAGAGAAGCAAGAAGAUGCCGAAAAGAAACAGCAGAAGACAAGAAAGCGAGGUUACCCUAUCCUGGCUUGUGACCACUCGGCUAUCACCGGCGAGUCCCUUGCGGUUGAUCGCUUCAUGGGCGAAAUGAUCUUCUACACGACUGGUUGUAAACGUGGCAAAGCCUACGCAAUCGUGCAAGCCAGCGCGAAGAACUCGUUCGUUGGUAAGACGGCAAGCAUGGUUCAAUCGGCCCAAGGUGCUGGCCAUUUCGAACUCGUCAUGGAUAACAUCGGAACCUCUCUUCUGAUUCUGGUUAUGGCUUGGAUUUUGGCUGCCUGGAUCGGUGGCUUCUUCCGUCAUCUGCCAAUUGCCUCGCCUCGCCAACAGACUCUCCUUCAUUAUACCCUUGCUUUGCUGAUUGUCGGAGUUCCCGUCGGUCUCCCCGUAGUGACCACCACGACCAUGGCGGUGGGAGCCGCGUAUCUCGCGAAAAAGAAGGCGAUCGUGCAGAAGCUCACGGCCAUCGAAUCACUGGCGGGCGUGGACAUCUUGUGUUCGGACAAAACCGGCACGCUGACGGCCAAUAAACUGAGCAUUCGAAACCCUUAUGUUGCCGAGGGAGUUGACCCUGACUGGAUGUUUGCCGUUGCUGUCCUCGCAUCUUCGCACAACAUUGACUCGUUGGAUCCGAUUGACAAAGUGACCAUCCUUUCGCUGAGGCAAUAUCCCAAGGCAAGAGAGAUUCUGCGCCGGGGCUGGGAGACCGAAAAAUUCCAACCGUUUGAUCCGGUUUCCAAGCGGAUCGUGACUGUUGCCACCUGUGAUGGAAUUAGGUACACCUGCACGAAGGGCGCUCCAAAGGCGGUGCUUCAGCUGUCCAACUGCUCGAAAGAGACGGCGGAUCACUACAAGGCGAAAACACAGGAAUUUGCGCAUCGCGGGUUUCGGUCUCUGGGGGUUGCGGUGCAAAAGGAAGGAGAAGAUUGGACCUUGCUGGGCAUCCUUCCUAUGUUUGACCCCCCGCGAGAGGAUACGGCGCAGACAAUCCAUGAGGCCCAGAACUUGGGUAUCAGCGUGAAAAUGCUUACUGGUGACGCCCUGGCGAUUGCCAAGGAAACCUGCAAAAUGCUUGCUCUUGGGACUAAAGUCUACAAUUCUGAUAAACUGAUUCACGGCGGCUUGAGCGGAGCCAUGGCUGGUGACUUGGUUGAAAAAGCGGAUGGCUUCGCGGAGGUCUUCCCGGAACAUAAAUAUCAAGUGGUUCAGAUGCUUCAAGAACGGGGCCAUUUAACGGCCAUGACCGGCGACGGUGUGAAUGACGCGCCGUCGUUGAAGAAAGCCGAUUGUGGUAUCGCCGUUGAGGGUGCUUCGGAGGCAGCUCAAUCGGCCUCAGAUAUUGUUUUCUUGGAGCCGGGACUUUCAACCAUUAUUGACUCGAUCAAGGUCGCGCGUCAGAUUUUCCAUCGCAUGAAAGCAUACAUUCAGUAUCGAAUUGCUCUUUGCUUGCACUUGGAAAUAUACUUGGUCACAUCCAUGAUCAUCAUCAACGAAAGUAUUCGGGUGGAGCUGAUCGUUUUCCUGGCUCUUUUUGCCGAUUUGGCAACGGUUGCAGUGGCGUAUGACAAUGCCUCUUUUGAGCUGCGCCCGGUCCAAUGGCAACUUCCCAAGAUCUGGUUCAUUUCGGUGUUGCUGGGUGUUUUGCUGGCCCUGGGAACGUGGGUUGUUCGGGGUAGCAUGUUCCUUCCCUCGGGGGGUAUUAUCCAGAACUGGGGAUCGAUCCAAGAAGUCUUAUUUCUCGAGGUGGCUCUCACCGAGAACUGGCUGAUUUUCGUCACGCGCGGUGCCGAAACCUGGCCAUCCAUCCACUUGGUCACAGCCAUUCUGGGCGUGGAUAUCCUUGCGACGAUCUUCUGCUUGUUCGGUUGGUUCAGCAACGAAACAAUGCCCACCAACCCGGCAGAUAAGUUCGUCGAGACCACGAACGGCUGGACUGAUAUUGUCACGGUGGUCCGCGUUUGGGGUUACUCCCUGGGUGUGGAGAUCGUCAUCGCCCUGGUAUACUUCAUGCUGAACAAGUUCAAGUGGCUCGACGACCUCGGCCGUGCCAAGCGAGAUAAGAACGCGCUCAAGUUCGAGAACCUGCUGGGUCACCUUGCACGUCUGACGGUCGAAUACGAGAAGCCCGGCGAGCCACCGGGCCGCUUCUUUUUGGCGGCCAGCAAGGAAGAGGAGGAGGUCGACUGA